AUGAAGCUUUACCUUCUUUUUACCGGAAUUCUUGCAAAGAGAGAAUCUUCUAGAGCUGAAUUCACCACUGACUUCCCAUUCGACUUGAUCACGGAUUACACGACCGAGCUACCGGGUGAUUUAGUGACUUAUUUCGCAGCUGAUUCUAGCACUGAUUCCCAAACCGAUGAAGACUUAGAGCAAGAAGGCUUUACUACUGACUAUCCCGCAAACAUCACCUCUUCUUUUGAAGCGCCAAUAUCCUCAACAACUAUUCCUACUUCCACAAGCUCAACAGCAACAUCAACAACAAGAACCACAGCUACAUCGACAUCCGAAUCUUCGACCAGAAGUACAAUUUCUACAACGACCUCUUCUGAAGGUUCUUCGGGUGAUUCUUCGGAUGACUUUACCACUGAGUAUCCAUACUUUGACACAGAAGACUUUACAACUGACUUACUCGUGGAUUUCACCUCCCCUUCAGAAGAGCUUUCGUCUUCAACACUAAGUACCUUGAUGUCAACUUCAACAUCCACAACAAGAUCGACAGCAAGCUCGACAACUGAGCCCCAAACUAAAACCACGACAAAAGAAUCUUCAACGGAGUCAACGACAGAGUAUCAAGGAACAGUCUCCACCGCGGAUUACACUUCUACUUCCGAAAACUUUCAUACGUCCACAAGCUCAACAGCAACGUCAACAACAAGAACAACAAUGACAUCAACAACUGAAAACUCUUCGGGCGAUUUUACUACUGACUAUCCAUACUUUGGCUCAGGAGAUUAUACAACUGAUUCCCUUGAGGAUUUCACCUCUACUUCAGAAGAGCCAUCAUCUUCUACAUUUAGUACGUUGACGGAAACUUCAACAUCAUCGACAGCAUCUUCAACCCUUGCUUCAACACGAUCACCACCCACUUGUCUUCAAAACACGGCCUUUGGUGACAUUUUCGUCUGGGAAAUCGCGCCUGGCAUGGACAAGCCAUCUCCUUAUUCAAAUUUCGAGCAUGAAAUCGCAAACUUUGCCGGAGACACUCAAGAUUGUCAGCGAGAGUGUGCAAGUUUCGCCGGCUGUUACAAGGAGCGGACUCUCGAAAAAACGUCGUAA